GUUGAAGUAUUUGCAUUGAUUCCAAGUCUUUUACUUGUUCAACUCUUCCGACGUCUUAGAUCUCGUCGACAACAACUAUCUCCAUUACGUCAAGCUUUGUAUUUAAUGAAAUCAAAUUUAGAAAUUAAGAACGAAAAUAAACAAAAAUUAAGAAGAACAUUUCCAUGGUGGUGUAUAUUUAUUGCAUAUGGUCUUUGUAUAUUAUUUGCUGGACUUUCAAUUAUUUUUAUAAUUGCUCGUGGUAUUGAAUUUGGUGAUGAUAAAACUCAAAAAUGGUUAAUAUCAAUUUUAAGUGGAUUUUUCUCAUCUAUUUUUUUGACACAACCAUUGAAGAUUAUAAGUUUAGCAAUAUUUUUUGCUUUUUUCUGUCGUAAACCAAAUGAUGAUAAAGAAGCAAAUGAAUAUUUGAAUGAUGAUCAAUUUGCUUUAGACGAAGAUGAAGAAUAUCUUCAUUCGAUUAAGAAUAAAUUUUUAUUUAUUUAUCGAUCACCAGUACGUGCCAAUCGUUUAAAUCAAGAUGAAAUUAUUUCUGCACGUGAUCGACGUUUGAAAGAAGUUUAUAUGUGGUCAAUUCUACGCGAAAUAUUUAUAUAUAUAUGUUUCUUAUCACUUCUUUGUAUUGUAACAUAUUCGAAUCAUCAUCCAAAUGCAUUUCUUCAAGUUAAUCAUUUACGAAAAUAUUUUUUGAAUUCUGAUUAUAAGAAGAUUUCAACAAUAAAUCAAUAUUGGAAUUGGUUAGAAAAUAGUUUUGUUGAAAAUAUUCAUGCUCAACAAUGGUACAAUGGUGAUGCAGCUCGAAAUUUAAGUGGUUAUAUUAAUGAUAAAUCUAAUCGAUUAAUUGGUUGGGUAACAAUGAGACAAUUACGUCUUAAAUCUCAAUCAUGUCAAUAUGAUUAUAGUUCAUCAAAUGAAGAUAAACAGUCCUAUCAACCAGGAUGGUUAAAUGAAACUAUAGAAACGUAUAGUUUAUCCAUUAGUCAAUCAUUUCAAUACCAAUCAAGUAAAGAUUUAGAUACAUAUACUUAUGUUGGUGAUCAUGGAAGUUAUCCUGGCAGUGGUUAUAUUUAUGAAUUUCGAGGUCGUUUAUCUGAUCUUCAAAGUAAUUUAUCUCAACUUCACACAUUAGGAUGGAUCGAUAAUCAAACACGAGCUGUAAUUAUUGAAUUAAGUUUAUAUAAUCCAAAUGCUCAAUUAUUUACAUCAGGUAUUUUUCUUAUGGAAAUUUUAUCAACAGGUGGAAUGUAUCCGUCAGCUCGUUUUGAACCAAUGAAUUUUGAUGCAUUUACAUCGACAUUUCAAUUGAUUAGUAUAUUUGUUUAUAUGAUAAUGAUUCUAUAUUUUAUAUGGAUAGAAAUUAGAUUAUUAAAAAAAUUAAAAUGGAAUUAUUUUCAACGAUGUUGGUCUUACAUUGAAAUUGGUAUAAUAGUUUGUUCAUGGACAAGUGUUGUACUAUAUAUUUGGCGUUAUAAAGAAUGUAAACGUAUUGGAAAAUUAUUUAAAGAAACAAAUGGUUAUGUUUAUAUAAAUUUACAAUUAGCAUCCUAUGUGAAUGAUAUAUUAACAUAUUUAUUUGCAUUUUGUUGUUUUUUU